AUGAAGAUGCACCUGCUUUUGCUGCUGGUGCUCCUGCACUUGGAGCAGGCCCAAGGAUCACUUCACAGGGUGCCCCUCACAAGGUAUCCAUCCCUCCGGAAGAAGCUGCAGGAACCGGACCAGCUCUCUGAGUUCUGCAAAUCCCUGGAUUUGGAAAUGACCCAGCAGAACAAUUCCUGCUUAAUGGCCCUGGCUGUCAAGGAGCCCCUCACCAACUACCUUGAUGUUGAAUACUUUGGCAACAUCUCCAUUGGCUCUCCACCACAGAACUUCACUGUCUGCUUUGACACUGGCUCCCCCGAUUUCUGGGUCCCCUCUGCGUUUUGCAAGAGCAGAGCCUGCAAGAAACAUGCCAAGUUCUGCCCUUCCCAGUCCAACACUCACACUCGAUUGGAAGGGAAAACUUUCUCCAUUCAAUACGGAACUGGUAGCUGUUCUGGGAUCAUUGGAGUCGACCGAGUCUCGGUGGGAGGACUGACGGUGCCUAACCAGCCGUUUGGAGAAGCUCUCAAAGAGCCAGGCAAGGUCUUUGCCCAUGUGCAAUUUGAUGGCAUUAUGGGCCUGUCAUACCCCUCCUUGGCCGAGGACGGGAUGACCCCAGUGUUUGACAACAUGAUAACUCAGAAACUGGUGGAUCAACCAAUUUUUUCCAUCUACAUGAGCAGUACUAACCAAAAAGGUGGUAAAGGGAGCGAGCUGAUUUUUGGAGGCUAUGACCACUCCCAUUUCACUGGGCGCCUGAAUUGGGUCCCGGUCUCCAAGCAAGAAUACUGGCAGAUUAAGGUGGACAAAAUCCGUGUGGGACGCUCUGUGAUGUUGUGCUCCAAGGGCUGCCAGGCCAUUGUGGACACAGGGACCUCCUCCAUCACUGGCCCUUCUGACGACAUCAGGCAACUGCAAAAGGCCAUCAGGGCAGUACGCAGGAAAAAUGGAGAUUAUACUGUGAGGUGUAACAAACUCAAAGUCAUGCCAGAUGUCACCAUCGUCAUCAAAGGAGUCUCCUACACCCUCAAACCAACUGCCUACACUCUGCGGGGAAAGAAGUUCUGCAGAACUGGAUUUGAAGAAUUUGAUAUCUCAGAUGACGAGCCCCUCUGGAUCCUGGGGAAUGUCUUCAUUCGACAGUUUUACUCAGUCUUUGACCGUGGGAAUAACCGUGUGGGCUUGGCCCGUGCAGUUCACUAA